AUGGCCCAAGGCAUCCCGCAAACGAGCCCGAGCAAUAUCCAGAAAGAAACACCCAAACAAGAUCAACAAACACCCGUCAACAAUCCCAAAUCGACAAGAACCUCUCCACUCGGCGCUGUACAACUGUCCACCGAAGAUUCUGGGCACGGCUUCCCAGUGCACAAGAUCCGUGUCACAAGCGCUGGUAAGGGUGGGAACUAUGCGCAGUUUGGUUUACAAUGGUUGCUUGAUGUGCCCGAUGUACCGAUAGUAUACCACACCCUCCCACCACCACCUUCUGCCUCCUCUUCAUCAAAAGGACCAGGAUCGUCGUCAUCCAAACCAACUCCAAAAGCAAACAACGGUCUGCUCCCAGUGACAACUACCAUCCCAAAACUCGUCACCGUCGUCGAACGCGUCAAGCGGGAAUAUAUCGAGAGUAUUUUAUCUGGUCGUGGGAAGAAGGUGGACAAGAAGGGGAAGGGUAAGGGAAAGGGGAAGGGGGGGGAGGAGGGAGAGGAGAAGGAGAAGGAGGUGACAGGCAGAGGGUUGUGGCAGUAUACCGAGACGGGUAAUUGGACGCCCGAGCCUGUGGCCGGAGAAGGCGAAGAUAGUGAUGCUGCUUUGCGGAGAGUCCUCGGUGGGGCUUCUAGACCAAAGAUGAAACAUCACCCCUACAUGUCCAUAACACUAUCAACAAAACCCCUCCCCGAGCUAGAAAAAAUUGUCCCAGCACAAGUCGUCUACGCCAAAUCAAAGAAGGUUAGAGGAAAGAAGAAGUCCAAGGCAAAGAAACAGGCAGACGAGGAGAUGAAUGUGGAUGAGACGGAAGAGGCGAGGGUGAAGAAAGAAUUGGGUGAUGGCGAUGAUACGGAGGUGGAUGAGCCGGCUUCGCAAUCCCAAUCGACGUCGAAGAGCAAGGGCAGGGAGAUGAAGAAGAGGAAGAGUGAGAGUGAGCAUGGGGCGAGUAAGAAGAAGACAAAGGCAUAG